CGGGGCCGGGGCUCUCGGAGGGGUCCGGCCCGGGCCGGCCCGUCCCGUCGGGCACCGCCUCCCUGCGCCGCGGCUGCGUCAGCGCCGGGGCCGGGACCGGGCGAGUCUCCAUGGCUGAGGCGGGCCUGGGGGCGCUGGAGCGCUGGCUCCAUAAAGCCACGGACCCAAGCAUCCCUGAAGAAAACUGGGAAUGUAUCCAGCGGUUCUGUGACCAAGUGAACGCAGACCCAGAAGGCCCAUCCAUUGCACCCAGGCUGCUAGCACACAAGAUACAGUCGCCUCAGGAGAUGGAAGCUCUUCAUGCCUUAACAGUGCUGGAGACAUGUGUGAAUAACUGUGGCGAAAGGUUUCACAACGAAGUGGCAAAAUUCAGAUUUCUGAAUGAACUGAUAAAAGUGCUGUCCCCGAAGUAUCUUGGAACCUGGUCUACAGAAAAGGUCAAAUCGAGAGUUAUAGAAAUAAUGUUCAGUUGGACGGUUUGGUUUCCUCAGGAAGUUAAAAUCCGGGACGCUUAUCAGAUGCUGAAGAAACAAGGAGUCAUAAAACAAGACCCCAAACUCCUAGAAGACAAAAUUUUACCACCUCCUUCUCCGAGACCGAAGAAUUCUAUUUUUGAUGUUGAUGAUGAGAAAUCCAAGCUCUUAGCAAGACUUCUAAAGAGCAACCACCCUGAGGACCUGCAGGCAGCCAACAGGCUGAUCAAGAGCAUGAUUAAAGAGGAACAAGAAAAAUCUGCCAAAGUGUCCAAAAGACUGAAUGCAAUUGAUGAGGUUCACAGCAGCGUUAAGCUUCUGGGUGAAAUGCUGACCAGCUACAAGAGGCAGGAGUUAUCCACAUCUGACCUACAGAUUCUGCAGAGCCUGUUUGAACGCUGUGAGAAGCUCAGGGCACUGCUCUUCCGCCUUGCCAGCGAGACUACUGACGAUGAUGAGGCUUUGGCGGAGAUUCUCCAGGCCAAUGACAAACUCACCCAGGCGCUCGGCUUGUACAGGCAGGUUGUAGUGGGCCAUGACCAGGGCAGGAGGAGUUCGGUGACCAGCUCCACUGAUGCCUCAGCACCUCAGUCCCCGCAGGGCAGUACGAAGAGCUACACACUGAUCGACUUCUCCGAGCUGGGUUCCAUGUUCGAGUCUCUCCCGCAGCAGGGCGUGAACGCGACAGCCGCCGCUCAGCACAGCAGCACCUCCGCCUGCCUGCUCGACGAGGAGCUAAUGUCAUUAGGUCUCAAUGAUUCCCCUGUUGGACAGAGACCAUCACCUGAUUUCAGCUCAGUACAGAGUGCUGGGCACAAUGGAUAUAAUCAAACCGGAAAUGCUGAUACCCAUCAAACUGUGGUGCUGGGGGAUAGCUGGCAGGGCGGCUCACCAGAGAGGAAUGUGCCUCAGGAUUUGGCAAGGCAGCUGUCUCCGCCUCCUGUGACCAGGCCAUUUCCAACGAACUUACUACCAGUGCAAUUGUCCGCUGCAGGCCUUCCGAGCAGCUUAGCUGCAGACGCUUUGUUCUCUGACCCAGCCUAUGAGCUGAAACCUGCUGCUCCUUCGCAGCCAGCCUCCAAUGAUGCUGCUUUGGCAAACCUUUUUGUCCCACUCAUUUCAAUUACACCGAGCAGUAUCCCUCCAGUUACAGUGUAUGAUAAAGAUGGUUUCAAGGUCAUGAUCCAUUUCUCCAGAGAUCUAGCCCCCGGGCGACCAGAUGUACUGGUGAUGGUGCUCUCCAUGCUCAGCACAUCCACUCAGCCAAUUAAGGACAUUGUGUUCCAGGCCGCGGUCCCAAAGGUUAUGAGAGUAAAGUUGCAGCCGGCAUCUGGUUCUGAGCUUCCUGCCUUCAGCCCUUUGCUCCCUCCAGCCGUGAUAUCCCAGGUUCUGCUGCUCGCCAACCCACACAGAGACCCCAUCCGAUUACGGUACAAGCUAAUGUUCACGCAGGGCGGGCGGCCCUUCAGCGAAGUGGGGGAGGUGACUGGCUUCCCGGAGGCUGAGCUGUGGCCUGGGAGCUGAACUGCUGCUUUGAUGGAACGUGGACAUUGCUGCAUUGCCUUAGCACAGCCCUGUGGGGUGCCGCCUGGGAGGGGCAGCGAGAGCCCCUCCACUGUGUGUGUGUGGCUCAGGGAGGCACCCAGCACCCAGAAAGCCGGGGUGGGCUCCAUGCUGGCUGCUCUCCCUGGGGCCCAGUCUCCCACUCCUGCUCCGGUUUUCCUUGCGGGUACCUGGUAGGAGAGAGUGCAAACCAGCUGCUCCUGCUCUUUGCCUUACUGCAGCAUUCAUCCCUCUAGUGGCUGGAUGCUCCUUUUCUACCAGCAUUUCUGCUUUCUCCUGCUUGUUGAGCCAUUUCGCCCUCUGGCCUCUUUGAAAAUAAUUCUCCGAUUCAGGCCCUGUUUGCUCCCAGCUCGUGAUGCUGGUGUCCGCAGUGUCUGGGGAUCAGUGCUCUGACCUCGCAGUGAUGGGUGUGGUGUGAGCACCUGGGUAUAGAACGGAACGACUGGGGCUUGAAACAGGGCUGGAUCCAUAAGCCAAACCUGUUGGGUAUUGCCACAGCCUCAGCACCGCAAGCGCCUGGGUCCUUGCCCCUUACCCUGGGAUCCCCGGUGCCUUCUCAGCCUCACCAUGAUUCCUGAGACAGCCUCCACGCUGGGGAGCAUCUUGCAGGGAGCUCUCGCAGGCAGGGCCCCCUGCAGCAUGGAGGUUUGUGUCUAUGCAAAGCUUAAGUUUCCUUCUUGGUCACUCAAAACUUAAGGGGAAAAAUGUAUAAAGAAUUUCACUGCUGCACAAGUGGAAAACAUGGCUCAAGUACUAAGGCAUCUGAGCUGCUCCACGGGGAGAGCUUAUCUGGAGAAAUCACUUUGUACAUCCGUGUCUAGACAAACCUCUGCUUAGGCCUGCUCUCCCCUUGUUCCCUCUGUGCUGGGAAGCGGAGGAGAAAGGACCCCCUGUGCUGUUAUUAAUGGAACGUGUCCAGCCAGCCAAUCCAGCGUCCUGUGUGUCAGGUUUCAUAUGAUGCUGAACUUGCACAUUUUUAAUCAAAGUAUUUUUGACUCCUGGUUGUCAUUGUUGCUGCUGGUGACUGAAAUGCCAUCGCAUUAGUUAUCCCUGGCUCAGUGGAGUUUGGCCACACAGGGGCGCUGUUAGAGCUUUUUAUACUGUACAGAGCACUGGAUUCCCAGGUACAGUCAUAAUAAACAGCAUUUGCUUUGACAGGUGCUGCUUGCUGGUGGUUCCUGAGUUUGCAUGCAAGGUCUCUCCGCCGCUCAGGAGAAUGGCUGAGUGAGGGGGAUGAGGGGCACUUGGGCUUUAGCCUUUCCAUU